CUUGUGGCGCUCUCCUCAGUUGCAGGAAGCUAAAAAAAAAAACGCAACCUGCUAUAAUCACACAGGUAUUGAACCCAAGUGUGUCAAUUUUGAAACAGCGGUUGCGUUUUGGAUAUAACUCCCUUUGUGUAGCGGGAAUAAAAAGUUCCAACCGACGAUUGAUAAUAGAUGCAACAUUCCAUUACUCCCGAUGGCGACGGAAACAUGCAUCACUACCAUUUGCUGGGCUAUGAGGUGAAGCUUCUUGGCGAACUCCAGAAACAACAAAAUAACUUCCAGUUCUGUGAUACAAUUUUGCAAACUGAUGGUAUCUCUGUACCCACCCAUAGCUUUGUUCUAGCAGCUCUGAGCCCUUACUUGUCUCAGAGGCUGUCGGACACACCAUCUCCACCAUCCGGACAAAAACUCCAGCUCCAGCUUGAGCCUUUGAAGGCCCACACCUUAUUGAAGCUGGUUGGUCUAUUCUACUCCGGGGAGUUGGUGGUACAGGGAAGUUUGGAGCAGAGUGAUUUGAUGGAUGCAAUCCAGACGUUUGGGAUCACACCCCUUGUAGAAAGACCACGAAAUGCGGUUAGAACGGACGAGCAACCCCAGAGGAAUCAUGUUGGGAGUUUUAGUGAAUGUUCCAGGAUAAUAAAAGAUACACUACACAUUGAAACGGCAGGAAGGAAAGUUACAGAUCGUUCCAUAGAACGGAGAAGCUACGUAUCCAUGGGUACACAAACUCCUUCAGAACAUCAGGGUAAACUUCUAACUACAAAGCACAUCAGAUGGCCAACCCAAAACAUCCCAUUAGAAGUGUGUGUGACUAGAUCACACCAACCUUCUGCUUCAAUCACAAAUGCAAUGUCAAAUGGCGAAGAGUGUAGCCACUGGACCGGCACUUACAACACUGACCCUUCCUUCUAUCAGAGAUCUCAGCAUCAAUGUUCUGAUUCUGUUAGCAGUUGUCAUCUACUAACCCAAACAAAGGACAAUAGUAAGACAAGUAGAGCGCAAGUAAAGAAGCCAGAAGACAAAAAUGCCAAUUCAGCACAGAACAGGCCUGCAAUUGCCAAUCUAGCGGAGAAGAACCUUGCCAAGACUAAACUGAUGGAGUCAACGGAGUUUUCUGUGAAGGUGAAGCUGAGAAGGAGGAAAAAAGAGAAAGUAUGGGAGGUUGUAUCCACAGAAGAUGAGGUUGAGACCAUGUCUGUGUUCGCCUCCAUGUCUCAGGAAUCCCACCCAACUGCAACACAGACAUCACAUAACCACAUUGCAGACGUUGAGCCAAGCAAUUCCACUCAACCUCAAACACAUCGCAAUAGCAUAUCAGAACCAUCAGAUCAGUUCAUUGAUCACACUGUCCAACACCAAAAUGGAAUGCUCCAAUUGGCUCCUGCUCCAGAGCCUCAGUGCCUUGCAGAAGAAUCUGAUGAGCAGAUAGAGAAGAUGUUGGAGGACUUCAUGAUUGGUCUGAACAUCCUGCCUGCAUUGGAAGCUGAGGAGGACAACAGGGAUCAGACUCAGAACCGACUCAACGUUAAAGUUCAGUCUGGCAGUGUGAUAAUCCCUCAGCAACCGCUUCUUCAGGAUCUCUCAUCUGCCAGCUCAAUGGGGCAAAUGAAUCAAGUGACCCAACAUGACCGAACCGAUCCACCAUUCCAGGAGAGGGAGGCCCUGUCUUCGUUUUUUCCAACGUGUUUGAACGAUAUGCAACUUCCUCGAUGUCUCUCACCAAUAGAGCCAUUCACUUCAGUUGGAAUUCACGAUGCAACCACGAACGAUCAUCAGUUGUCUCUGUGUGCAAGACCCUUGCUCACAGAACAGUCGUCACUAGUUUCUCCACUUGCAGAUGGAGAAGACAAAGGCUCACUUUUAUCGAAGAGACAUCCAAGCAAACUGCCAAAGCAAUGUCUCAAACAGGUGGAGUGUGAACCACAGCAAAGCCGAAACUGUCUCCUACCUUGUAUUAAAAACAAGGUGGACGUGUGUCCAACUGCUGCUCAAAGGGAUGCUUACCCCCUGAGGAGAAAGAGAACUUUAGUAAGUAAAAAAGGUCUUACUAUAGAUGGGAAUAUUGCGUCUAAAAGAAGGAAAGUGUGUAUUGAUUACCCACAAGAUUAUACUAGUUCAGUCUGUGAUGAGCUGAGAAAUAUCAAAACCACAAGCAUUUGCCUAGUUCGACUGUCACAAAACAAUGUCCUCGCAAAAGAAAGAAAAAUGGCCACACGUUCCCUGAAAUCUCCACCUAUUUGUUUGAGAAAACAUGAUCAACAGUCAACCACAAACAAGCAUCUGAAAAAGACAACCAGAAGUGCUGGACGUCCAAAAUCGGUGAAUACACACCAAAGCCACAUGAAGACCGUGGGGGUUUUGAAAACAGUGCAAGUGGGACCAAGUGAUACAUGCUCACAAAGUGUCACAGAGACAAACUCUGAGGUCCACAGACCUACGGUUGCAGCAAACAAGAAGAAGAAACGUGGGAGACCACCAAAGGCUGCCCCUCCAGUCAUUUCAAAGAGUAAAAUCCAGGAGAAAAUGGAAGAGGAAUUCAAGAUAAAUGUUGAAAAGAGUGAUAAACUGAAAGGAAAGGCCCCCAGAAUAUAUUACACAAGAGGUAAGAAGCAGGUGGUUCCACUGAAAAGUAUUACAAAUGCUGCAAAAUCUGAUGAUGAUGCUGCACCCAAAAGAAUGGUUGCUUUGGCAGAAUUUCAGACCUUUGUCAAGACCCAACACUUAAACAAAAAGGAAUCAGGUGAAACCGAAGAAACUCAUCGAAAUAUCCUCAAUGGAGAUAAUCAUGAAGGCGAUCCCUUUAUCCAGGUUCAGGGAGAAUCGCUUGGAAAUGGCAACGUUUCAACUGAUCAAAAUCCCAAUGAAGUUCUCAAGAAAUCAAUGGAUCAGAACGAAAAAUUACAACUUGGCUCAUGGAGGUCUUCUGGAAAGGGGACCACUUCAAGUGAUGUGAAUUUGUCUGAGAUGCACCAAACACAGAAGAUAAAAGAAUUGGAGUCUGUUGUGACGUCGGCAAGAAAUGACAGAGGUUGCUCUCCUAGUGAUAAACAACCACGUGCUCAAAAUCAAAUGUCUUUGGAGCCGAACAUGAACACCCAGAUCGGUACAUGCUGGUCUCCUUUAACAGGAACACUAAAUAGCCCAGAAAUCAGUCAAGAAGAACUAAUUGAGGUAGAUGCUCUGCUCUCCUCCCCAGAAAAAAUGCCCGUCAUUACCCAGUGUGAGUAUGCACUCGUCCACACUGAAACUACACAAAUUGGAGUGAACGGAGAAAUUGAUGUGACAGGAGAUGAGAUGGACUGACGUUUGUGUGUCCAUAGUUUCGUUGUGCGAUAAGUGGUCAUUCCUAAUUUUCUCUGAUGUUGGGCGUUUACGUCUAUUUCACGCCUUUGCCAUGUUUGUAGUUCAGUGACCAGCUUUGUAUAACACACGGUCAUGUCUUUCCUGUUCUUUUUCAAUUAUCUGUGGUUUUGUUUGUGUAAAUAUUUUUGUCAUUUACUUAUCUGAUAAAGCAGGUAAAAUGAUGCUUAUUCUGUUGUGUAUUUAAUUUGUUACAUUUUUCUGUUGGAGUAAAAAUAAAUGCAUUUUGCAUAGCAAGAUGUAUUUAAAAAAAAGUCAUCUGAAGCCUGUCCUUUCCAAACGUUGUAAAUGUAUUUUGUUAAUGAUA